AAGGCAAUGCAGAGUAGACAGAGCAGCCAAGCAAAGUCGCGAUACUUUUGAAAGGGCGAUACCAUCCUGCUACAGUGUAACGUUAACGUUUCGAGCUAGCUACUGACACCGCCUCACAAAGUAUUUUCUAGUUUUGAGUCCUGCAUCGCGUCCACACACUUUUAACGCUUGUUACCACACAGACAUGGCUGCCCAGUGUGUAACCAAGGUGGAGCUGACUGUGUCCUGUGAGAAUCUUCUGGACAAAGACAUCGGCUCAAAGUCCGACCCGCUGUGUGUCCUGUUAAUGAGCAGCUCUGAUUCCCAGUGGUAUGAGGUGGGGCGCACUGAGAAAGUCCAGAAUUGCCUCUGCCCAAAGUUUGCAACAAAGUUUGUCGUCGACUACUUCUUUGAAAUAGUGCAGAAACUGAAGUUUGGGAUUUAUGACAUCGACAACAAAACUAUUGACCUGAGUGACGAUGACUUCCUGGGGCAACUGGAGUGCACCUUGGGCCAGGUUGUGUCCAGUAAAAAACUGACCCGGCCGCUUGUCUUGAAGAACAAUUCCCCUGCAGGAAAAGGGACCAUCACAAUCAGUGCAGAAGAAAUAAAAGAUAACCGAGUGGCAAAUUUUGAAGUUGAAGCAAGGAAACUAGAUAACAAGGAUUUCUUUGGGAAGUCCGACCCUUACCUGGAAUUCUACAAGCAGACAGCGACUGGAUGGCAGCUGGCUCACAGGACCGAGGUGGUGAACAACAACUUGAAUCCAACAUGGAAACCCUUUCGAAUUCCCCUGCAGUCUCUCUGUGGAGGAGACAUGGACACACCUAUAAAAGUUGAGUGUUAUGAUUAUGACAACGAUGGCUCACAUGAUCUUAUUGGAUCCUUUGAGACAACAAUGACGCGCUUCCAACAAGCAUCACGAACCUCUCCGGCAGAGUUUGAAUGUAUCAACAGUAAAAAGAAACAGAAGAAGAAAGGCUACAAGAACUCUGGUGUUGUGAGCGUGAAGCUAUGCGAGGUGGUGAAGGAGUAUACCUUCCUGGAUUAUAUUAUGGGAGGCUGUCAAAUCAACUUCACUGUGGCUAUUGACUUCACAGGCUCCAACGGGGAUCCCAAGUCUCCUCAGUCUCUGCAUUACAUUAGUCCUCAGGGCGUUAACGAAUACCUCUCUGCUAUCUGGUCUGUUGGCAAUGUCAUCCAGGACUAUGACAGUGACAAGAUGUUUCCUGCCUUUGGCUUUGGAGCCCAAAUCCCUCCCACAUGGCAGGUUUCCCAUGAGUUUCCCCUGAAUUUCAACCCAGCAAAUCCAUUUUGUACAGGCAUUCAAGGUGUGGUGGAGGCAUACAGAGUGUGUCUGCCCCAGGUCAAACUCUACGGUCCUACCAACUUCUCCCCUAUCAUCAACCACGUAGCCUGCUUUGCUAAGCAAGCAAUCCAGCAGACCACUGCAUCGCAAUACUUUGUUCUGCUGAUCAUCACUGACGGAGUGAUCACCGACAUGGAUGAUACACGCAGUGCCAUCGUCAACGCCUCUCGUCUCCCCAUGUCCAUCAUCAUUGUUGGAGUAGGGGGGGCGGACUUCAGUGCCAUGGAGUUCCUGGAUGGAGACAGUGGACGUCUGCGCUCUCAGACUGGCGAGACUGCCAUGCGAGACAUUGUCCAGUUUGUGCCAUUCAGGCAGUUCCAAAAUGGUCCUCGAGAAGCACUGGCAAAGAGUGUGUUGGCAGAAGUACCAGGUCAGCUGGUGGACUUUUACACUACAAUGAAGCUGAGUCCACCCACAUCCAUUCCCGCACCAAACUCUGCACCAAAUCCUGUACCAAACCCUGCGGGGACCAUCUGAUACUACAAGAAGGAAACCAGACAUACAGUAGACCUAAUUUCAUCUCCUGCAGAUAUAAAGCAGAUCCCAGCAUAAUCUCAUCACUCAAUUAGACAAAUGUCCUUCCUAGCAGCAUGCAGCUUAGUCAAAGAUAGCCACCCAAACCACACACAAUACAGCAAAAGUAAGCACUCCACACUAUUGACCAACGAUAUUAAUAUUGAUAUGUGCUCAUUUUAGCUUUUAUUUAGUGCUACUGCAACCUAAAAAUAGACAACAAACUGAUCAUUCCAUCCGUCGUUUUUGAUAGAUUAAGUUGAUAGGCAGGGAAUUGCACUUUUAAUAAUAGUUUUUUGAAAAAAAGCAUUUGAGAUAAACAAGGAUGCAUUUGUUGUUUCUGUAGUACUAACUGAAACGAGAUACAGUAAAUCAAAAAUAAUUGUCAUUGCAGGAACACUGCACUGCUUCUGCUGGUUUUUUCUUUUAAUGCAUCCUAGGAGUGUGCAGUUUAUUUUUAUGCCAACAUGAAGUUACAAUAGCUAUGUAAAAGACUUUUACACAAGAUAACAAAGAUGAUUUUUUUAAUCAUGGCACCAAUAAAUGGUGAGGUGACCCAUAUUGUCACUUAGUUUAUGACAAAUGGUUUCGGCUGCGCUUACUAACAUGAUGUCAUUGUGCUAACCGGGCAUCGUUAGCCUUUACAACAGAGCCGCUUCACUACACUUCUUAUAUAGUGUUUCAUUACAGAGUUCUCUGUUGAUAUGUGUUUGUCACUGUGUGCUCGCGGUGGGAAAUGAAUGUAAACAGAGCAGUGUGCCAGAAAUGUAAUACGCCAUGACGUAGCUCCCCUUCAAGGCCAGGCUAAUGUUAGAGGUUCCUCUAGUGGACAGAAUGUGUAACAACAACCACAUGCUUAUAGCGGCAUUGACAAUACAUAAGCCUGAAUAGCAUUUGAGCAUUAAUAUUCAACUAUUUGAAUAUCAAAAAAAUAAUAUUUGAAUAGUAUUACAGAAGAAGACCGACAGCUCUACCCCAUAUAUGAUGUUUACAUCCUCAGUGAAAGCAUAAGUAAUGGAGGAAGCAUAAUUAUGUUCAUGUAGUCAAGUAGCGUUGUUGCUGUUUUGGCACAUAGAGAAUUUAUUUGCAUUAAUGUUUGAUGCACAUGCUUUCCUAUGCACUUACCUAUAGUAAUGUUUUACUCAAUGAAAUGCCAAAUUCUGUGUUUGGGUAAUAAACUCAGAGCUAUUUAUACCCUAAGUAUAAAUCCGUAAUCUUGGAAUAACUAGAAAGUCUCAUUGUAGUAGUGUCAGAUGUGCUUGUUUUGUGCCAGUAUUAUCACUUGUGUAUGUUUUACUGUGGUCUACCAUUGUGCCAGUUACUUUUGGUUACUUUCCCUUCAAAGACACCGUUGGGUAGUUCCCUGGACAAGGACUAACAAGUCCUAGACUAAACACGUUUUUAUUCCAAUGAUAUGGCCAUUGACUUAAUCUCUGUUCGGGAAACUGACCUCUUAUACAUACAUACAUGAGUAUUAAACAUGCUUUCACCAUAGAAACUACAGUACUGCUUAUUGAAAUCUAUGCAUGUUUAGUGCAAGUGUGUUUAUUUUUUUUUAUUGUUUUUAUAUGGUUGUACAAGACAAGCUGUAAAACAUGUCUCACAUAUCCGCUUUAGUGCUCAGAUAGAAAUGGGCAAUGUGCCUUAUUGUCAACAUAAAGUACAACAAGCUUGCUAAUAAAACAAAUCUUAAUAAAUACAAA